AGGGCGGCGCCGCGCCGCCUCCUGCUCAUUGUGAGCGCAGCCGCCGCCUCUCCAGCACCUAGCAACCAUCACCAGGCAACCAGCACCAGGCACCCAGCCCCCAGCACCUAGCAGUAAGCACCUGUCGGUCGGAAGCUGAGACCAGGAUGGCGGACCACCUGCUGGUAAAGUCCAUCGAGCUGUGCUCGCUGCAGACGGCCCAGAAGCACCACACGGAGCGCUUCGAGUGCGUCCACGACGACCAGCCGACGCCCGUGCUGCGGCGCGGCCAGCCGUUCCCCGUGGCCAUCGCCUUCUCCAACAGGCCCUACGACCAGACCAGGGACGUCAUCAUGCUCACCUUCUCCUUCGGAGAGAAGCCCUCGGUGGGGAAGGGCACGCGCGCCGUGCUCGCCGUCGGCCCCAAGGGCGCGCGCUGCCUCAGCGGCCCCGGCUCCAGGCUGUCGGGCCUGGAGUGGGACGUCGCGCUGCACCCCGGUCACGACGCCUCGGCGGAGCCGCUGCUCAAGCUGCAGGUUGAGGCUGCAGCUGACUGCCCUGUGGGCAAAUGGAAGCUGGAUGUAAAGACCCGCCUCCGGGGGGACACCACGGGACAAGCGGGCUACUUCUCACACCCGCAGGACAUUUAUAUCUUGUUCAACCCCUGGUCCAAGAAGGACCAGGUGUACAUGGAGAACGAGCGCUACCUGGACGAGUACGUGUUGAACGACGUGGGCAAGAUCUGGAUCGGGCCGUGGGGCUCUUCGCGCGGCCGCGAGUGGGUCUUCGGCCAGUUCGACAGUUGCGUGCUGCCGUCGGCGCUGCAGGCGCUGCGAUGGUCGCCGCUCAAGGACUCGCAGCGCGGGGACCCCGUGCGCGUGGCCAGGGCCAUCUCCAAGAUGGUGAACUCCAACGACGACCGCGGGAUUCUGGAGGGCCGCUGGGACGGCGACUACGAGGACGGCACGGCGCCCGCCGCCUGGACCGGCUCGGUGGCCAUCAUGCAGCAGUACCUGGACACCGGCGUCGAGGUCAAGUACGGCCAGUGCUGGGUGUUCGCCGGCGUCGCCGCCACCGUGUGCCGCGCCCUCGGCAUGCCGGCGCGAGUCGUCUCCAACCUGGUGUCCGCGCACGACGCCAACGAGUCGCUGACCAUCGACCGCUACUACGACGCGGAGAACAACGAGAUGGACGAAGACCCCAACAACCCCAACUUCGACAUGGACUCGGUGUGGAACUAUCACGUGUGGACCGACGUGUGGAUGGCUCGUCCGGACCUGCCCAAGGGCUACGGCGGCUGGCAGGCGAUCGACCCCACCCCGCAGGAACUCAGCACUGACGCGGACGACUCGAGCGGCUCCUACCAGUGCGGUCCCGCCUCGCUGGAGGCCAUCCGCUGCGGCGCUGUGGGCUUCAACUACGACGUCGGCUUCAUGCUGGCCUCCGUCAACGCGGACGUGUUCCGCUGGAAGGAGGACCCCGACUGCGAGCUCGGCUACAAGAGCAUCCACUGCGACAAGUACCACAUUGGUCGCAUGAUACUAACGAAAGCGCCGUGGAUCUUUGACCCGAACGGCGACAAAGAUCGGCAGGAAAUUACUGACCAGUACAAAUACAAAGAAGGCACCAAGUCGGAGCGGCUGGCGCUGAUGAACGCCGUGCGGUCCGUGGACCGGGCGCGCCGCUUCUACAUGCUGCCCACGCAGUCGCACCAGGACGUCGAGUUCUCGCUCGUCGACCUGGACAAGGUCGCCAUAGGCAAGGACUUCAGCAUCACCAUCAACAUCCACAACCACGCGAGCGUCCAGCGGCGGGUGCGCGCAGUGCUGACGGCGUCCAGCGUGUACUACACGGGAGUGAAGGCCAACCUCAUCAAGAAGGACGCCGGCGACUUCACCAUACAGCCCAGCGCCAAGGAGUCGCUGCGUCUGAAGGUGACGGUGGACGAGUACCUGGACAAGCUGGUGGAAUACUGCCAGCUGAAGAUCGCCGCCAUCGCCACUGUCCUCGACACCAACGAGACGUGGGCCGACGAGGACGACUUCGAGCUGACACGUCCGCCGCUCGUCAUGAAGGUGGAGGAUGACAGCCUGACGGUGGGCCGCGCCGCGGUCAUCAGCUUCAGCCUGAAGAACCCGCUGAAGAAGCGGCUCACCGGCUGCCGGCUGCGCUACGAGAGCCCCGGCCUGGUCAAGGCCAGCGUCGUCGACUACAGGGACGUGGAGCCCGAGGAGGAGGUGACGUUCCAACAACGCUUCACCCCGGCCAAGGCGGGCGAGCACAAGCUGGUGGGCACCUUCUCCUCCAAAGAGCUCGUCGACAUCACCGGCGCCGUCGCCUUCGACGUCUUUGACUGACGAGAGUGAACCACGCUGCUGAUACGCUCAACACAUUCUUUCCAACACAAACAAUCACUUUGCUUUUAUUUAUAAAAAAUGAAUACCUCAUGAUUUAGUAUAAAUAUUCUCACGUAAAGCUAUGUCAAGUCAGUCACAGUGUUUGUGGAUUAUUAAUUUAGUAACAUUGAUCUGUAUAACGACUUGUUUCGAGUCGCUGCUGGCCAUCAUCAGCUAUCUAUGAUUACUAGACGCUAUUAACCAUCGACAAACUGAAUUACUGGUAGAGGAUGAGCACAGUGUCUCGAAACACGUGGCAAAAAAAAUUAACAUAGAGACCGAUCACGAUAUAUGCUUGCUACUUUCAAUACAACACAGUCGCCUAUAAUCGGUACUACCAACGUGGCAAAUUAACUAAAAGCAAUGCACAGAUACACGCGUAACAAGUGCACGAUGAUAACUCAUAUGUACUCCGAUGACAAUCAGUCAAGUAGUUUAGUUUUAGUUUUGCUUCAUCAUUUCCACAUAAUGACUAGGAUGGCGUUUGUUUUUAAUUUUAUGUGCAAUAUCUACAUCUACAUGUGUGUUAACGUUUCUAGCUUCAAUUGACUGGUAAUAUUGCUCACUUAUAAUGCCUAGGAAAUUCUAGUAGUAGUCCUAGUGAAAUAUUGUUUAUAUUCUUAUGUAUCACAAGAAUGUAGUAACUGAAAUCAAUAAAGUAGAUGAAGAUGUAAA